UAAGCUCUCUUCAUCUUUCACUCUUUUCCUGGUCUUUAAUUUCAAUUCAAAUUUUGAUUUUAAUCCUAUUUGUUCUUCAUUGAUCUUCGAUUGGUGUAACUUUUUGCGUAAUUAACUGAUUAGUGGAUCGAGAUCACUUCAAUUUGCUCUUUUUUUUUUGUUUGCUUUGGUUUUUAAUUUGAUCUUAAUUCGUGGUUAAUCAAAAGCCGUGGUAGAAGGGAUUCAAAAGGGAUGGCUAACAACUCAGCUGCUAUUGCCGAGAGGGCGACCAGUGACUUGUUAAUCGGUCCAGAUUGGGCAGUAAACAUGGAGCUCUGUGACAUUAUUAACAUGGACCCUGGUCAAGCAAAGGAUGCCCUGAAGAUAAUUAAGAAGCGUCUUGGAAAUAAAAGUUCAAAAGUUCAACUUCUUGCUCUAUCCGUAUUGGACACUCUUGGGAAAAACUGUGGGGAAAGGAUAUUUCAGCAGAUUGUUGAGCGUGAUAUUCUACAUGACAUGGUCAAGAUCGUAAAGAAAAAGCCAGAUUUAAGUGUGAGGGAAAGAAUAUUGAUUUUGAUAGACACCUGGCAGGAGGCCUUGGGAGGACCAAGGGGAAGGUAUCCCCAGUUCCAUGCAGCAUUUAAUGAAUUGAAGUCAGCUGGGAUAACAUUCCCGCCUCGAGAAGAGAAUGUUGUACCAUUGUUUACUCCUCCACAAACUCAGCCAGUUUCCCGUCCAGCUCUAGUAUAUGAUGAUGUAGCAAUUCCAGAUUCUCUGGACUCUGACCCUUCUGGUUUGAGCUUGGCAGAAAUCCAAACUGCGAAAGGGGUAGCUGAUGUUUUGAUGGAUAUGCUUGGAGCUCUUGAUCCCAAAAACACAGAGGGGGUAAAAGAAGAAGUGAUUGUGGAGCUUGUUGAACAGUGCAGCAAUUACCAAAAGCGUGUUAUGAUUCUUGUGAAUAACACCACGGAUGAAGAACUUCUCUGCCAGGGUUUGGCAUUGAAUGAUGACCUGCAGCGUGUGCUUGCCCGUCAUGAUGACAUUGCCAAAGGAGUCAUAACUGCUAGCUCGGAAUCAAUUAGCGCUUCAGCUGCACCAUUUGUGAAUGUGAACCAUGACCAUGACGAGGAGGAAUCAGAGGAUGAAUUUGCGCAGCUAGCACACAGGUCAAGGGAUAUGCAGCGACAAGGACGAAAUCCGCCUACUUCCAGGGCUGAACCAGUACAAGUAAAUCCUCUUCUCCCUCCUCCACCUGCAUCAAAGAGACCAGUCAAAAGUGAUACUAGCUCUGUUGAUUACCUGAGUGGUGAUUUAUACAACUCUGAAAGAUCCUCUAGUUAUCCUACCAAUAAUUUAUACAAUGUUGAAACAUCAUCUGAAGCAGCAGAACCAGUCCCUUAUUCUGAUAGAAGUCCAAUCAAGUAUGAAAAUCCCACCGCAACACUUGGUCCGUUAUUAUCUCCCUCACACAACAACAAUUCUUCACCCGAUAAGAGCCCCUUAUACGAUGAACCUUCUGAUUUGAACAAAUCUGACAAUCUUCCUUUACCUCCAUGGGACUCUUCUCCUUCCCCACCUGGACCUUUGCCACCACCCCCUUCGAAACAUAACCAAAGGCAACAGUUCUUUGGGAAACAGCCUCUUUCUGGUGGUCCGUCACGUUCCAGUAGUGGGUCCGGUUCCUCUUAUGAUGGUUUGGUGGGACAUACACAGAAUCUCUCUCUUAACUCACCCAGCCCACCUAAGCAAGAAAAACCAGAGGAUGCUUUGUUCAAGGAUUUGGUUGAUUUUGCAAAAUCUAAGUCUUCUUCUUCAAAAUCCAACAACAGAUCACUUUAAUUUGUUCAUGUAGAUUCAUGGAGUUUACUUCAGUACAGAUUUGGAGAAUUAGAUUUGUAGGUGAUUGUCACAUUUGUGUAUGCAUACCGUUGCAUUAUGGUGUAUUGUUGGUUCCGGGAUCAUAUCGAUGUAUGACUGUACCAUUAUUUUUGUUUUGAGCUCACCUGUUAUGUUCUCAUUUGGAGCAUCUUUGGUCACGAUUUGUUGGUGUUUUGGUAUGCAAGAACUGGUUGCGGUGUA